UUCAUACAUCUUAUACAACUCACUCUCACAUACCCAUCUUGAUACCUUUCUGCAGUUUAUCUCAUCUGGAUCCUAAACCUGGUCUCUAAUAAUCCCCUUCUAAAUUGUCAGGCAAUGAUAACCAGCCAUCGUUGAAUAUUUCCGACCUAUCCGGGAUACACACGAUUCGGGGAAAAUGUCGGUAUCUAGAUAUCUCCCGUUUGCUUCUCGGGCAACAGACGCGCAAGCAGUGACUUAUCUUUUGGCCGUGUGUCUUUUUUCCAUCUCCUUUCUGGUUUUUCUCAAUAGUAGCGUGUCAUUCGUUAUCACUGAUCUCAUUGGAGUAAAGGAAGGCGUGGGGGAUCUGGUGGGCAAUCUCGGGUUUGCGGAUGAAUUGGUUGCUUUGUUAGCUUGUCCCGCGUGGGGAAUUCUUAGUGAUAGACUCGGUGUUCGGGUGGUUUGCGUUCUAGGGUACCUCAUUGUUGGCCUUGCAUUGAUCUUAUUCGUGCAAGCAAAGAAUGUCUUCCCACAACUAUUACUUGCGAGAUUGUUCUUUUCAGUGGGGGGAGCUGCUACUGCGACGAUGGUGACCGCAAUCCUACCUUCAAUGUCUGCCCGAGAGACCAACGAUUCGCAGAGUUCCCCUAUAUCGAGAUCAGCCUUGCCGGAAAACGUCCGCCAUAGUAUUGCGACUGAGUCUAUAGAUUCCGAGAUCACCAUAACCCCUACCAAUUAUAAUGAUCGACGUGGGACCCCCCUUGGCGACCACUCAAAAUCCAUGAAGCAAACCGGAUCAAGCCCCCCGCGUUUGGCCGGCUUAGUUGGAUUAUUUACAGGUUGCGGGGCACUUGUGGCACUGAUUGCAUUUUUGCCAUUGCCAGCGCAAUUCUCGCGGAUGAAAGGGGUAUCCCAAGGCCAAGCGGUGGCCGAUAGUUUUUAUGUGGUUGGAGUUGUAUCACUCAUGGUUUCUUGCUUCUGCUUUAUUGGUCUCCGAGGCUUGGCAGGCGAAGAAGGUAAAGGGUGGCGCCUACUUCUCGGUCGACCAAUAGCCAGAGAUACUGUGGGACAUUCUGGAGGACGAGAAGACACGGAGAAGUUUCAGCCAUACUGGACACUAAUAUCAGAUUCAACAAUUUUAGGGUUUAAAGAUGCACAAAUUGGUCUUGGUUAUUUAGGAGGAUUUGUCGCACGUGCCUCCUCAGUUGGCAUAUCACUUUUUAUUCCACUUUAUAUUAACUCAUAUUUCAUUGGACAUGGAUUCUGUCAAGGAUCUCCAAAUGAUCCAUCACCUGAACUCAAGAAAGAAUGCCGUAGAGCAUAUGUUCUUGCCGCCGAGUUGACUGGAGCAUCUCAAUUGGUCGCUUUGCUUAGUGCUCCGCUAUUUGGCUAUCUCUCAGACCGCUACCGUCGUUUCAAUAUACCACUUCUCACAGCGAGCGUUUUUGGUGUGAUUGGAUACAUAGGUUUUGCUCAGCUUGUUAGCCCUGAACCACAGAAUAUUGAUGGUAGAGGAGGAAGUCCUAUAGUAUUUGUUUUGGUCGCCUUGAUUGGCAUCAGUCAAAUAGGAGCGAUUGUUUGCAGCCUUGGUUUACUAGGAAGGGGUGUACUUGGUGAUGAAGGCGGCUACAAUUUAUCGUCCCAGCUUCAAGAUGCGAGAAGCGAUGAGAAUACAGACUCACGCGAUAUAACAACCGAAACAGCACCGCUUAUAGCGCCUCCAUCAUUACAUCAGAAUCCUUCAAGAAACCAUCUCAAAGGUUCUAUAGCUGGUGUUUACUCUCUAUCCGGAGGAGCUGCGAUUCUACUACUUACAAAACUUGGUGGUUACCUUUUCGAUAAUCUUUCCACGGGUGCUCCAUUUUACAUGAUGGCAAUAUUCAACGCCAUACUCCUUGUUAUUGGCAUUGUAGCAGGAGUUUACCGCGAAAUCAGAACAGCUCAAAAAUAUCGAUGAGCUCAUCACUUUGAUCUGCGGCAUCAAUAUUUUUGUGCCUUCGCUUCACAUGCGCUUGGUAAGAUUUCCCACAGGGUGCCCAAGAGUUCUUAUAUAUCGUAGGGUUAAUAAUAAUAAUGAUUAUUAUAAUCUGAAAAGGAUGUGUCAAUACUACCUAUCUCAUUUCGAAUGUCCUUCAAUCUAGCCCCAUAUCAGGCGACACCAAGACCUACUACAUCAGUACGCCUUGAUCGAGCCUAUUCUGCGAAACUGACAUGUCGAUCACGAGCUCUAGACUUUUCGUUUGUGUCUCGAAUUCUGAAUAAUCCAUUUCGAGACUCUUGAGGUAUUUCUUCAGAUAGUGGAAGGUAUUCUAUGUUACUCUCAACAUUCCCUUCCGCGCUUCCAGACUUGGUUUUUGCUAUUUUGUGCAAACGAUUGCAUCUCUUGCUGGGCUUCGAUAAUUUCUCUUUGAAAACACCCAUGUCAUCGCUGGGAGUCAAAGCAUGACGCUCGAAGUAGUUGCUGGGACCGUCAAAUGAGUCAGAAUCAUAAGGAUCCUCCGCCGGGAAGUUCUCUAUCGCUGGCCCUUUUGCUUCCGAACAUUGCCGAUUACACUCCUGACUGGAUUUGCCGCCGAGAUCUAUAAAACUUGUUGAGUUCUGAUUGUACAGCUUGAUAGUAUCACAUUGUAGACAUGUGCGCCAUUCGAGGUUGUGGCCGUGUUUUGGACAUGCAUCUGGAUCUUUGUAGGCCGUAUCCGAAAUUUGAGGGUUCAUAUUGACAGGAACACUGUACUGAUCUAUAAAAGAGACAAAAAGCCCUUGAGGUCUAAACAGCAGCUAAUGCAAUAACUAUAAGGUACCUGAGAGUUAUUUGAAAGAAGAAAAAAGGUUGUCAAAUUUUUUGUGGUUGUACUUGAGGACACAGACAGGCAUAAAGAAAUGAAAACAGUCACUACAUACUUGCUCACACAUUCUAUAAUCUUUCUACACUCUUUGAGGGACAUUUUUCCUUUCUUUGUGCU